AUGGGUGUUACUGGCCUCUGGACAGUGGUCAAGCCCUGCGCUAGGCCGAUCAAACUGGAAACACUGAAUCGGAAGCGGCUCGCUGUUGACGCGUCAAUAUGGAUCUACCAGUUUCUGAAAGCAGUGCGAGAUAAGGAAGGAAAUGCUCUUCGAAACGCUCAUAUUGUUGGCUUUUUCCGGCGAAUAUGCAAGUUGCUUUAUUUCGGCAUCAAACCGGUGUUCGUAUUCGAUGGAGGGGCGCCAGCCCUGAAACGACAGACGAUUACGGCUCGAAAAAAGAGGAGAGAGGGAAGGACAGAAGAUGCUGCCAGAACAGCUGGAAAACUUCUCGCUGUCCAAAUACAGAGAAAGGCUGAAGAAGAGGCAGAGAGACAAAGGCAAUCGGGACCCAACAACACCGAGCCUGAAGAGGAGCUUCCGAAGGAUUUAGUUUAUGUGGAUGAGCUGAAUAUGACACCUAAAGAGAGACGGAAAAACAGACAAUUCCGCAAACAGGAUGCUUAUCACCUUCCCGAACUUGAUGUUUCUCUCGCUGAAAUGGGUGCUCCAAACGAUCCACGCAUUAUGUCGCAAGAAGAGCUCGAAGAAUAUGCCCGUCAAUUCCAUUCAGGGGAAGAUGUCAACCUGUACGACUUUUCAAAGAUAGACUUUAACAGCCCAUUUUUCCUGAGCCUACCUGCGAGCGAUCGCUAUAACAUCUUGAAUGCGGCAAGGCUAAGAAGUAGACUUCGAAUGGGUUAUUCUAAAAACCAACUGGACAGCAUGUUCCCAGAUCGGAUGGCCUUCUCGAGAUUCCAAAUUGAGCGUGUAAAAGAACGAAAUGAUCUUACACAGAGAUUAAUGCAUCUCAGUGGUAUGACCGAUGACGACUCCUUAUAUGAAAUAGGGAAAAGCGCGAGAAUUGCUGGGGAGAGGGGUAAGGAGUAUGUGCUGGUGAAAAGUAACGGAGCGGAAGGAGGCUGGGCGCUGGGAGUCUUGGGGAACAAGGACGAAGGCCAGCGCAGCAAACCGAUUGAUGUUGAGGAAUACGGUAAACAAACACUGCUCGAUGAUCACAAUAUAUUGGAAGAUGAGGAUGAGGAAUUUGAAGAUGUUCCCAUUGAAGGGCUUAACAGACUCCCCAAAUUGCCUGUAUUUGAGAACGGCGUUUUCGAUCGGUCAAUUAAUGAGCACGCCAGGGAAAAUGCAGAAAUGAGACAGUCAGUUUAUGAAUCUCUAAAGCAGACUCCUCGUCCCUCAAAACCGGCUGAUCAAGGGACAGAUGACGACUCUCUGUUUGUUCCGGAGGGGGCUAGUCAAGUUGAAAAAAAUCUCAAUGCGCUUUUUGAGGAUACGGGAUUUCAUGAAGAUUCUUAUGGCGAAGCUCUUCAUCGUGCAAUCCAAAUGUCAUUAGAAACACCUGAGGAUGAUGCCUUCAAAUUAAACACGUCUUCAUUAUCUCCUACGAAUAAAGAACCCGAUAAGGAUGUCGUCGAUAGGGACAAUGCUUCAGAUAUAACUGAUGAUGAUGAUAUGAAUUUCUUUGCGGCAUUAUCUAAAUCAGAUAUGAAGAAACCUUCUACAAAUUCUCUUCCCCCAAUGCUCAAUCCUUUCGGUGGACCACUUCCCUUUGAGCCCUUAAAAAUUGGCAAACCUACAGCAUCCGCCCCUGCCUCCAAAACGGGCCAUGAUGCCAAUGGCUUUGAGAAACCCUCGUUAAAGGAUCAAAGACCAUCCCAACCACUUCCUCCAUGGUUUGGUGCAAAACUGGGUAAGAAUGUUUUCAUAAAUCAAGAAGCUGACGACCAAUUCGAAAGGGCUGAGCCUUCAAUGCGUGAAAAUACCCUUAGCAAAAGGAACCCUGUGGAGGUAUUAAUUGACGUUGAUGAAUAUCUACCCCAUGAGAGGGAGAUAAUCGAUGUAGAGGACCUGACCGGAGAUAUAGAAAAGUCCAAACUUGCUGCUUUACCGAAGCAAUCAAAUUCCAGAAGUUCCCCUACGGCCUCCACUGGGCCUUCUAUUCCUCUAGUCACGAAGUCUGAAAGUAGACCGGCUGGCAACAUAGAUGCAAAAGACACGGUUGACCAAACGGUGGAUGAACUAGGUUCUCCCGGGAGCGGCGUUGAGGAAAUCUAUGAGUGGGAACCUAGUGUUAAAGAGGAUAAUAUUUCUGAAAAAGGCAGGGCUAACGAGCUAUCCAAUUCUGAGGCAACAGGUCCAGCACCAACGCUGUCUCCAAACACAGAUUUUGAGGAUGUUGAAAUUCCUCAGACUUCUGAACUGCCAGAGCAAAUAGCUGACAUUUACAAAACCUCAAAUGAGACGGACCAACAAGACGAUUCAACACCUUACAGUGAUGCUGGAGACGAUUAUUUGGAUUUUGAGGACGAAGAAUUAAUGCAUCAACUACAAACCGAAGCUGAGGAGCAUGCGCGGUUUGCAUCGACUCUGAACUUUAAAAGCCAAGCUGAAAAUGCGUUCGAUUAUGAACAAGAAUUGAAGCAGCUACGGUCUCAGCAGAAGAAAGACCGGCGAGAUGCCGAUGAAGUCUCACAUAUUAUGGUGUCAGAGUGUCAGGAAUUGCUCAGGCUUUUCGGGUUGCCAUACAUCACAGCGCCGAUGGAAGCGGAGGCCCAAUGCGCAGAGCUAGUAUCAUUAGGUUUAGUUGAUGGAGUUGUCACUGAUGAUAGCGAUAUUUUCCUUUUUGGUGGUACUCGCGUUUACAAAAAUAUGUUCAACCAGGUCAAAUUUGUCGAAUGCUAUCUCAACAGUGACCUCGAAAAGGAAUAUGAUCUAGAUCGCAGAAAACUUAUCCAGUUUGCUCACCUGUUGGGAAGUGACUAUACUGAAGGAAUACCUGGUGUUGGUCCUGUUACGGCCCUUGAAAUCCUCACUGAGUUUUCGACCUUGGAAGAUUUUAGGGAUUGGUGGUCUCAAGUACAAAUGGGUGCCCAACUCCCAGAUGACAGCCACUCUGCUUUUCGGAAAAAAUUUAAAAAGAAUGCCACGAAGCUAUUCCUCCCACCAGGAUUUCCCGACAGCCGAGUCGAUACUGCAUAUCUUGAACCCGAGGUAGACUCAGAUCCCUCGGCCUUCCAGUGGGGUGUACCUGACCUUAAUGCUCUUCGUCAAUUCCUGAUGGCUACAGUUGGAUGGACCCAAGAGAGGACGGAUGAGGUACUCGUCCCUGUCAUUCGCGACAUGAACCGCAGGGAGCAGGAGGGUACUCAAUCAAAUAUCACCAACUUUUUCCAAGGGCCGCAGGGAGCAGGUGCAUUUGCUCCCCAUCGACGCCCGGACAGGAAAAGUAGGAUGGAAAAGGCUUUUAGCCGGUUAAGAUAUCAGGCUAAAACAAAGCAGCAGGGCGGAGACAUAACUGUAGCGAAUGGAGAAGGGCUCCAAGCUGACGUUCCAGAUUCUGCCGCAAAGGGCACACGGAGGAAAAAGGUAGCAGAUGAAAGAUCUAAUACCCUUGAUGAUGGUGAUAGGUCUGAUGGGAACGGAAGUGAGGGGGCAGCUCGCAAGCCCACAAAGAAGCGGAAGACUGAAAGGAAGUAA